AUGAAGAGUGGCUACAGCCUAUCAAACGAAAGGAUCAGCAAGUUCUGGCAUCAGGCAUUCAAAGAGUCUACGGAGGACAGAAUAACACUGAAGGAGCUGAAUUUGCCGUUGGCAAGGAUUAAGAGGCUGAUGAAGGUUGAGGAGGGAGUGCGGAUGGUGGCAUCUGAAGUACCGGUUUUAUUUUCGAUGGUAACCGAGAAGUUUGUUGAGGAGCUUACACUCCGUGCAUGGAUAAACACGGAGGAAAACAACCGAAGGAUUUUGCAGAAGUCUGAUCUUACAGCUGCAGUAAAGACGUCUGAAGUGUUUGACUUUUUGAUAUAUGUCGUUCCCAGGAACGAUUUUGCUCACGUUUUUAGUAGCAUUGGAUCAGAGAAAAUGCAAAGCCGAGAAGGCAUUGACAUUGACUCUGAGCCGCAGGAUGCGUAUAUGCAACAGCAAAUGUUUAAUGAACGAAUACUGAUGAAUGGGCCAACAGCGCCGAUGCAUCAGCAAGACUUUUAUGCACGGGAAUGUAGAGGAAUUGGAGACAUUUCUGAUGCUGCUGGAAACAGCCUGCAUGCAGGUGAUUAUAGAAAAGCAUUUGACAUUUCGUUUAAUAGAGACAUGAAUCUCGAUAUGCCUACGGAAACCGCAUCGGGCCCAUUCAGUUAA